AUGAGUUACAUCGCUUCGGGAGGUAUUACAAAUGGACUCCUCCGCCUCGCAGCGGCCGCCGAUGACCUUUUCUAUAUUGUCCUAGCUGUUGUCGUCGUCGCGACGGUGGGUGUGGCGAUUGCUCUCUCACAGAGAGUGUACCGCUCGAUGUUGCGCACGCGCGCGAUGCGGUAUUACACCGAAAAUGAGGAGCUUUCAAGGGGCGAUCGAAUCUACCUUGGUGCCAUUGAUGCAGAAGAGUCCGUCGAGAAGAUCCUUCGAGAGGCGGGGUGGAAGUAUAUUUACCUUCGGCGCCGCGUGCCCGUCUCGCGCGUCGGUCACAAUCGUGAGAUUGACGUGAUCGCGGUCGGGAAGGUGAUUCUUGUCGUGGAGGUGAAACAUUGGCAAGGCUACGUGUGGAGCAACGGCCCCCGUUGGUUCCAAAUGCCCAGCAGAAUGAAGCAAACAUUGGAGUUUGAGGAUGUCAUGGAGGAUAACAGAGUCAAGGCAGCGGCUCUGCGACGGUACAUUGAGAACACACGUCGUAUCCCACUUCCAGAUUUACCCUUUCUUUGUGGGAAAGAUCAGGGGAUUGAAAAGAACAGUGGUCAAUCCUACCGUGGUGUUGGUUCUAAUGCCCCACGCGACAAAGGAAGUGAAAUGGAGGCGGAUAAUUCUCCUGAAGAUGCGCCUUUAAGUGGUAACAAGCACACGGGCACCUGGUAUACGGACAAAUCGCUUCAUAAGCAGUGUGGGCUGUGUGUGCUACCGAUUGUCGUGUUUACCAACCCCCGCGUGAAGCUCGACCCUGCUACGGUGAAGGCUAAGAAGUACGUAUUUACGCUCAGCGACUUUCGCACGUUCGCCUGUGAGGCAUUGAAGGGUAACAUCUCUCUGGAGGCUCCCAACGAAGUCGUCUCGUCGCGUGGGAAGUGGCACUUUCUCUUGCCAUCCUUUCUGCGCCGCUCGCCAUCCGCUUUCCACGUUCCGUGUGAAGCUGCUCUGGAUCGCGACCUGCAGCAACAAAUCGGAGAGGCUGUUGACAUCAUGCGUACAUGGGAUUUGGUUCGACUUCACAAUGGCCGACUCAUCGUGGGCGACGUUCAGAAAGUCGAUGCGCCUAGUGCGCACUGCAUGUAUGAGCGAAAACACCUCCUAGAAAUCAAUUUCCAUUGGAACUGCGGUACGCUGGGGCUUUUAAAAGCGUUUCUGUCGAACCGUGGAGGAAUGGUGGAGCUUGUUCUCACGAUUGCCAAGCGCUUAGCAGUAAAAAAGAAAGAGGAAAAGCCCCGUGACGCCAAGGGAAAUAUUGUCUUCCCCAUUAUCCCGAAGAGCAGGAAAUUAACUCUAAAUGAUCGUCUAACUAUUAAGGUACCUGGCUCGCUCAAAUUGAUAACCAUACUCUUAGCGGACAUCAAAGAGGUGCAUCUCAGUCGUCAUCUUUACGAAUUAGAAAACGACAUCGCGAAGAGAUAA